AAGCUCAAGAGCGCCGUAACGACACUACGACCACAAAAUUGCAAGUUUUCUCAUCUCUACCGUCCGAUCUAUUGCCACGUCAUCGAUCCACCCCUUCACACCUUGUUUCGACGGCUGGGAUCGCAGUUGCAGAGAACAAGUCUCUUGUUCUUUCACUUUCUCUCUCCUCUUCAUCUUCCAAUUUCCGAUUUUAAUUUCGAUUUUUUUUUCAGCGAAAAUCAGAGAGAUUUUUGUUCGGAAAGUUUCUUCAGUUUUAGGAAGAUGAGAUUCAUGGAGGAGGAGAACGAAAUCGUGGUUUUGAACGAAGAAGAGGAGGAUCAGGAGGAGGAAGAAGAAGAGAGUGAAGUAGAAGGAGGUGAAGAGAAGGAAGAUGACGACGACGACGAUGUUGAUGAUGAGGAUGAAGAUGCAGGGGAGGAAGAAGGUGAGGACGACGAUGGACAGGUUAUUCACUCAUCUGGUGGCCCUCCCGUUCAGCCGGCCGAUGAUGAUGAGGAUGACGAGGGCGGUGAGGGGGAAGACGAUGAGGACGACGACGGAGAUGACGAUGAUGACGACGACGACGACGAUGACGGUGAGGUAAACGAUGAUGAGGAGGAGGAAGAUGAAGACGACGACGCUGAGGAAGAGGAGGAUUUGGGAACUGACUACCUUGUUCGACCAGUGGCUCGUGCUGAAGAUGAGGAAGAUGCCAGUGAUUUUGAACUAGAUGAGAAAGGUGAGGAUGAAGAUAUUGAUGAAGAGGACGAGGAUGGAGAUGAAGCUGCUGGAAAGGUUGAGGCUCCAUCAAAGAGGAAGAGAUCAGACGAUUCAGAUGACGAUGAUGAUGGUGGAGAGGAUGAUGAGAGACCAUCCAAGCGAUAGGGAUGAGCCCUGUCUUGGUUUCAGACCAUUGAUGCAUAGGAUCAUGUUGAGUUGAGGUCUGAAGGAAUUUACUGGAAGUUUGGAACAGCUGGUUUAGAAUUUGUACAAGUUAUGAUCGAGUCGUAGACAUGAUAGCUUGCCUUUUUUUUUGUUUCUAAAUUUUCUAGGUAGGUGAUGAAUGGUUGGAGGAUUGGCAUAUUAGUUUACAGUCAUGCUGGGUCAUCAUGUUUACACAGUACUAUUUUAGUUUUCCUUUUCUUUUCUUUUGUUAGUAGGGAGGGACCAAAGGCAGACCAUCCCUGAAAUGAAAUUAGGAUCUCCAUUGUGGAUUAUUUUAUCAUGGCCUAAAAAAUGGGUUAAUUAUUGUUAUUUUGUUAACAUUUCAUAAAAUCUAAAAGUUGCC